UUGGAAUGGAAUAUAACACUCGAGUUGUGCUCACUCGAUCCCUCGGUGUGAACCCUCCGCUGUGCCAUUUCCUCCGGCCCGGCGUCACGUGUGUGCUCUGACAGCGGCAUGUUUCUAUCUGUGUCCUUUCAGCCCACUUGGGUAAUUUCAAACAUAUUGAUUCCCGGACCCCCCUGACACAGCUGGCUGCCAUGUCUGAAGAGCAUGUGCUCGGCGUUUAACAGGCCAAGGUUAUUUAAAGGGAUGUGCUAACUUUGCCCUUUUCGUCGCCCCCGAUGGCUUCUGUCUGCUUGAGUGGGCUUUCCGUGCGUGGCGUGGAUGCCUGAUGUUUGGCCCGAUCGAUGGCCGACACACGGCCGCUGUUUGUCUUGCCUUUGUGUCUUGCUGUGCGUUUGAACAGGUUGUACUGAUGUGCACUGUCUCCUGAGACUUUCUGCCUCCCUCCCCCUGACCCCUCCAGGGGCAGCCAUGUCGCAGUUCUCCACCAUGACGACCAGCGAGCGGAAGAUGCAGGCGGCGGCGAUCUGCAGGGAGGUUCUCGGGCAGGAAGACAUCGAGAUGGAUCUUGGGAAGAAAGUGAGCGUGCCUAAGGACAUCAUGCUGGAGGAGCUGUCGCUCGCCUCCAACCGGGGCUCCCGUCUCUUCAAAAUGCGCCAGCGACGCUCGGAGAAAUACACCUUCGAGAGCAUCCAGAACCACAACAACACCCAGAUCAAUAACGGAGUGGUUUCUCAGACGGAGAAUCCCGCGGACGAAAACAACUCCGGUGACAACCAGCCACCCAAAGAGGAGGCGUGUGACGCACCAGACGGAGGAGGGGAGCCGAAUCCAGACAGCAUUGCCCCGGGGUACGGAGGUCCUUUAAAAGACAUCCCACCAGAGAAGUUCAACAGUACGGCUGUGCCAAAGUCCUACUUCUCACCCUGGGACCAGGCCAUCAACGGUGAUCCGGCCUUAGCCAGCGCUCUCACCGGCUGCAUGCCUGAGCCCGAGCCCCAGCCAGACCUACCGGGGUACAAAAGUUUCAACAGGGUGGCCACCCCAUUCGGCGGCUUUGGCAAGACACCAAGCAGACCUGCUCCCAACAAGCCGGCACAGGUCGAGGCCCUCCCCGACUUCCCUGAGCUCCGGGGGGACGCACCGAUCAACCGAUCCUCCUUCAACAGAUCCGCUCUGGGGUGGGUGUCGACGGGCGGGACGGUCCCCCUCCUCACCAUUUCCCUUGAGCCCACGCCCAUCCCUGAGUCAGACGACCUUUGAACCCGUAAUGAAGUCACACAGAGAUGCUGUCAACUUCCUCGCACCCAAGGUUAGGGAUGGCGUGGGGGAGCAGAGUCAGGGUGAGAGAAAGUGUCCCGGGUUGAGGUUAUCGUGUGUGCAGCGUCUCUUCAUUUCACUGGGACGCAUACAUCACAAGUUAAUGUGCAGUACGUAGAGCCACUGCUGUAAUAAAUGGAAUUUGUUGUAUAUUAAUGUGCAUAAGAGUAUUUUAUCUUGCAGACACAAGUUUUGCAUAAUAAAAAGGUGUGUGAUGCAACAAGGGCCUCGUUAUUCUUCUCAGCAUUUCAUUUUUCAUGCUCGAGCCUCAUUUCCCUACCAACUAGAUUACGGACGUAUAUGCCACAGACAAGCCACCUCCCCACCAAGUUAAUCAUUUCACAUUGAGAGGGCCCGUGCUACAAAGGAGGCUCAUUGGAGUGAAUGAUGGCGCUCGCGUGCCACAG